CAGAGCUCACCAACUUGGAGGAAUAAGUCUUCAUUGUAGCGGUUGUGAAGGACGGACUGAGACCACAGAAGACUCUCUACGGGACAGCGUCCUCUUCUUUCCCCUCAGCCUCCGUCUUCUGCCUCCUCAUGUUCCUGAGAGCGGGGCAAGCACACACGGCCUGGCGGCGACGGUCGCUCGCUCCUUGACGGGGAUGGCGCUCCAUAGGAGGCUGGUGGUCGGCGUGGUGGCCGUCGGCUCCCUGCUGUGCGUCUACAUGCUGUGCGUGAGCCUGGAGAGUCCUCUGUCGUGGUCCAUGCUGCCCUUCAAACAUCUCCAGGGCUUCAUACAGGGAACGAACGAGAGCAGCUCACGAGACUCUGAGGAGCCUCUUGACAGAGAGACCAGCAGGGACCAGUGGACCCGUCCCCCUCCGGCCUCCACCGCAAAGACUCAAACAUCCACGGCCGCUCAACACAAACCAGCAGAGAACAGCGCCCCGGAUGUCUCUAAGUCCAGUUCUAGGACCGAUGAAGCGGACGGAACCAGGACCAAAGGCCCCCCAAUACUGCAGCUCGUCCAGGCAGACGGGCCAACAGAACCUCCGUUCAUCGGAGACACUUACAUGAGUGAAGACAUCCCGCCACUAACGGAAUGCCCAGACGAUAUCAGUCGUCGGGUCACAAAGACGGCAUUUGGUGGCCGGUUCCUGGAACACAUUCCGGUCCUGCAGUGGGCCGAACACGUCACUCCUGAACAGCACCAGCGCCUGAGCCAGUACCCAGGAGCACAUGGCUGGGAGGUGAUCGAUUACAAGACGUUGGUGGAAACUCUGUCCGUCCUCAACUCUCCGUCUAGCUGGCGGUUGUUGGACGACUGGACGGAUCGCAGCAAUAAGUCUGAGUGCAUCCGCUGUGCUGCGGUGGGGAACGGUGGCAUCCUGAAGGAUUCAAAGAAAGGGAAGGAGAUCGACGGUCACCACUACGUCUUCAGGACCAACGGGGCGAUCAUUAAGGGCUUUGAGCAGGACGUGGGGUCUCGGACCACCCACUACACCUUCUCCACCAACACGCUGAUGAACUCCAUGAGGAGCUACGCCGGCGCCGGCUACAGAGGACCCCCUCAGUCUAAAGAAACGCGAUACGUUUUUCUGCCGGAUCACGACCGCGAUUACCUGCUGAUGAAGGCUGCAGCGACACACAGUCGAGUGGAGAGAGGACCUGAGCGGGCCAAAGAUCCAUCCAGGUACUUUGGAGAGGACGUGUCAGCGGAGAAGCUGAAGAUGUACCACCCCGACUUCAUCCGUUACCUCAGAAACAGAUUCCUUCGUUCCGGCGCUCUGAAAACCAAAUAUAAGAACAUUUACCGUCCGUCGACAGGUGCCGUGAUGCUGCUGGCGGCGCUGCACACCUGCGACCAGGUGAGCGCGUACGGGUUCAUGACCCCGGACUACAGGAACUACUCAGACCACUACUACGACAGCAACUACCACCCAGUGGGCUUCUUCAUCAACCACGACCUGCGUAUGGAGAUGACUCUGUGGCAGCAGCUGCACCAGGCGGGCCUCAUACGACUCUACAUGCACGGCUGAAUCCAGGUCGACCGGAUAACCACGUCGUCCUGUCUCCACGCGACUUACCAGCAGACAGGAAGUCCAAAGAGGGACGACCCUUUUGUUCCUCAAAACGACUCGUUCAAGACUCUGAACUGAGCAAAGCAAGAAGAAAAAGUAGCAGACGUUUCCUUCUUAUGAAGCAAACGAGGAGUAUUUUUUUAUUGACGGCUGCGGUUAUUGUUCAGCAUGGAGACUUACUUUUUAUUUACAUUAUUUUAGUAUUUGUUACGAAACAUUUAAAUCUCUUUUUGUGGAUCAAAAUAGCUCAAAACAACACUCGAUGUGGUUAAAAAGAUUUUGAUGCUUCAUCGUCCACUUUGAUUCAAGCUGAAAUAAUUCGACAACUAUUGAAUUGAUCUUCAUUUAAUUUGGCACAAAACGUUGGUAAUAUCCAGAUUAUUUUAAUCCUGCCUCGUCGGGUCCAAACUUUAAUUAUGUUGAAUAUUUAAUGACCAGCCUCUGCUACUUCGUUUAGUGCUAAUAAGCUAACGUUAGUGGGAAACAAAAGUUGUGCGCUAGCAUUAGCAUGUUAGCAUUUGUGAGCAUGUCAUUCCGGUCAAAGCCACCAUCGCUGGAAGUGGCAUCAAAAUGACAUGAACACGAGUUUAUUUGAUAAAGUUAGUUUAAAAGUGAGAUCAGCUCUUUUUAAACUGUUCCUAUUGAGUUACACACUCCGGCUCUGUUCUGUUUGUGAGUGCAGCGCCGCAAUACUGCUGAGGAGGGCGUUGUCCCUUUGUUUGAGUUAGCUCACUCAUCUUAUCACUUGUGUCUUAGUUCCUCUCAUUGAGGAGGAAUCUAAGAGAGUUGGGGAAUGGCGCUGUACGUCUGAGAUGGAAAAGAAACCAAAGACAAGCUGCAGAUCAGGGAACAUUUGUAUUUAACAUUUACUGUUUGUUGAAUCAACACACAUCCAGACGGUCAACUGAAGCGUGGGAUUGUAUUCUAACAAAGUGCAAACCAGGAAGGGGAUAACUUUAUAGUGCAAUUUUUGAUUUUGACCUUUUUAUAAUCUGUAUAAACUAAACUGUGAUUCAA